AUCACCAUAAGCACACAUAGCUUUGGUUAAAACAAUGCUUGCUUAUUUUUGAAUACAAUGCUCCUUUAUAAGUGACAACGCACAGAGCUCUAAUCAUAAGCUUAACCUUGCUAGAGAAACUUUUUGCAACUUAGAAAGCUAAACUACACAGCUCUAUUAUUCUAUUUCCCCUAUCUUCUCUACAGCUUGCAUAUUUUUUCUGCUGCUUCAGCACUGUUCACAAUUCUGCUGCAACUGAGGCUUGUCUUUUACAAACUUCUUAAAACUCUCGGAUUUUAUGGAUUCCCACACCCCUUGUGCUGCCAUCCCCUGUGCCCAGUGUCCUGCAUCUGUCACCCUCCCAGUGUCACCAGUGUGCUGCCAUCCCUGCUGCCCUGUCCUCGUUGUCCUCCGUGUCCCUUUGUCCCUGUAUCCUCCCUCUGCUGCCAUCCCCGCGCCACAUGUCCACUGUGCGCUGCCGCCCCGUGUGUCCAGAGAGAGAUUUAAGGUCUCGUGUGUCGCCAACCUUGCCCCGUGUCCCCCCUUGUGCUGCCAUCCCUGUGUACCCCCUUGUGCUGCCAUCCCCGUGUCCCCCCUUGUGCUGCCAUCCCCGUGUCCCCCCUUGUGCUGCCAUCCCUGUGUCCCCCCGUGUGCUGCCCCGCGUCCCCGUGUCGCCAUCCCCGCGUGCUCGCACCCCGCGCUUCCGUAUCCCUCCUAUUUUCCCCGCUCCUCCCCGUGUCCCCACCCCUGUCCCCUUGUCCCCGCCCCGCCAUGGCGCCGCUGGCGGACCUGUACCAGGUGUCCAUGGCCUACGGGCACUGGCGGGCCGGGCGACACCGCGCCCCGGCCGCCGCCGAGCUCUUCUUCCGCCGCCCGCCCUUCUGCGGCUCCUUCGCGCUCGGCGCCGGGCUGGCCGAGGGGCUGCGGGGGCUCCGAGCCUUCCGCUUCUCCGCUGCCGAUGUUGCGUACCUGCGCUCUGUCCUGCCCAGCACCAUCGAUGACGCCUUCUUUGACUACCUGGCCACCCUGGACGCCUCCGAGGUGACCGUCACCGCCAUUCCCGAGGGCUCCGUCGUCUUUGCCAGGGUGCCGUUCCUGCAGGUGAAGGGGCCACUCCUGGUGGUGCAGCUGCUGGAGACCACCUUGCUGUGCCUGAUCAACUAUGCCAGCCUGGUGGCCACCAACGCUGCCAGAUUCCGUCUCCUGGCUGGCCCAGACAUGAAGCUCAUAGAGAUGGGGCUCCGCCGCGCGCAGGGGCCGGAUGGAGCUCUCUCGGCAUCCAAAUAUUCCUACAUUGGGGGCUUCGACUGCACCAGCAACAUCCUGGCGGGAAAACUCUACGGAAUUCCCGUGCGCGGCACCAUCGCCCACUCCUUCAUCAUGUCCUUCAGGGGCCUGGAGGAGGUGCAGCAACGGGAGCUGCCGCCUCGGGCCGGAGGAGAUCCCGUGGAUCUGGCAGACCUGGCUGUGUCCUGGCUGCAGCAGGUUUGUGUCCUGCUCCAGACUCCUCCCAGCAAGGCCAACCAGGGCGAGCUGGCCGCCUUCGUGUCCUACGCCGUCACCUUCCCGUGUGACUUCCAGGGAUUGCUGGACACCUAUUGUGUCAGGAGGAGCGGUUUGCCCAAUUUCUGUGCCGUGGCCUUGGCACUGCACCAGCUGGGAUACCAGGCCAUCGGAGUGCGCCUGGACAGUGGGGACCUGGCCCAGCAAUCCAAGGAAAUCCGGGGAGUGUUCCAAGCCUGCGGAGCUCACUUCCAGGUGCCCUGGUUUGGGACCAUCCCCAUCGCUGUCAGCAACGACAUCAGUGAGCAGAGCCUGGAGCAGUUCAGGAGGGAGGGGAGUGAGAUCGACAUGAUUGGAAUCGGGACCAACCUGGUGACGUGUCCCCUGCAGCCGUCGCUGGGCUGUGUCUACAAGCUGGUGGAGGUCAAUGGCUCCCCAUGCCUGAAGCUCACGGAGGAUGAGGAGAAGAUGACAAUCCCAGGGAUGAAGGCAAUCUAUCGGCUCUAUGAUGCUGCUGGUCACCCCUUCAUGGACCUCAUGGCCCUGGAAGAGGAGCCGUCACCCAGUGCGGGGCAGGAGCUGGGGAUCCGAGUCCUGGGGCGGCUGGAGGAGACCACCAAGGUCACUCCCACCACUGUGGAGCCCCUCCAUCGCACCUACUUCAGGGAUGGCCAGGUGUGUGAGCCCCUGCCCAGCCUGCCCGAGGUGAGGACCCAUGCUCAGGUGUCCCUCAACCUGCUCAGCCCUGCUCACCGCCGGCUCCACGAGCCACAGCCCUACCCGGUGGCCGUGACGGAACGGCUGCACCAGCUCUUCCUGCAGCUGCGCCAGGGCAGCCUCUGAGGGGGUCCCUGCUCAUCCCCACCUCCUGCUCUGCUCUUUUUUGGGAAGCCCGGGUGCCUCGUUAGGAAUUAAUGGCUCUAAUUUAGACCUGGUGCUAACCCGAGGAACCUGCAGGAACUGGGAGAGCGCCUUGGGAUCCCAGUAGGGAAGCUGGGAACACAGGGAUGGGGAAAGCAGAGCUCGUCCCUGCAUCCCCUGGAAGUGACAGUCCUGUGCCCAGCUUGGUGGCCCUGCCAGCCUUGUGCCUUCCUUGGUGGCCCUGCCACUCCUGCGUCCAACUUGGUGGCCCUGCCAGCCCUGUGUCCAACCUGGUGGCGCUAGACCAAAGUCUGGAGUGCCACCAAAAGGGUGACACGGGACACCCAUGGGGUACCUAUGGCAGACACUCGUUGCUUUGGCAAUUCUAAGCUUCAUCUCUGUGGCCACAUUCCAGCUCUUUCCACUCUGGCCAAAUUCCCUGGGAUGUGGAGGCUAGCUCCAGGUUGAUCCCAGAUCCAGGUUGAUCCCAGAUCCAGGCUGAUCCCAGCUCCAGGUUGCCACCUGCACUCUCUAACCCCUGUUCCCACAGGAAACGUGGCUCUAACCCACACUGAGCUUCAGACUAAGCAAAAAAUUUCAAAUAAAGGCCUUUUC